CGGCCGUAGCGCUCCGGAAGCGGGUCCGGCCGGAGCCAGAUAGAGAGCGCGCCCCGGCGCCAUCUUGGGUGGCCGCGGCGGGAAGGGCGGGGCCGGGGCGGGGCCGGCGGGGCCGCGUGACAAAAUGGCGGCGCCCAGGCGGGCACGUGGGGACGCGGCGGAGGAGGAGGAAGAUGAAGGGCGCUCGCUGGGGGCCAAGCGGCCCCGCGGGCAGCGCCGGCUCCUGGUCGUGCUGGAGGGGGCGAGCCUGGAGACCGUGAAGGUGGGGAAGACGUUCGAGCUGCUCAACUGCGACAAGCACAAGGCGCUGCUGCUGCGGAACGGCCGGGACCCCGGGGAGGUGCGGCCUGACAUCACCCACCAGAGUCUCCUGAUGCUGAUGGACAGCCCCCUGAAUCGGGCUGGGCUCCUGCAGGUUUAUAUCCAUACCAAGAAGAAUGUUCUCAUUGAAGUCAAUCCCCAAACCAGAAUCCCAAGGACUUUUGAUCGAUUCUGUGGGCUUAUGGUUCAGCUGCUGCAUAAGCUCAGUGUCAGAGCAGCUGACGGGCCUCAGAAACUGCUGAAGGUGAUUAAAAAUCCAGUCACUGACCACCUGCCCGUGGGCUGUACGAAGAUUGGCACCUCUUUUGCAGUGUCACAGGUGUCAGAUCUGCGUGAGCUGGUUCCUGCAGCAGAGCCAGUUGUCAUUGUGGUCGGAGCUUUUGCCCACGGCUCGGUCAAUGUUGACUAUACAGAAAAGAUGAUCUCCAUCAGCAACUAUCCCCUUUCUGCUGCCCUGACGUGUGCUAAAAUUACUACUGCCUUUGAGGAAGUGUGGGGAGUAGUAUGAGCUUCUGCUGCUACUGCUGUCAGGAUGGACUUGCAUACAGUGACUUCACAUUCUGGAAGGGCUCUUUGACUUGGGUGUGGAGCUGGUGCAGCUUUGGGCUCCUGGAAAACACUUCAACUUCGUCCUUGGAGCUUCUGAAACAAUGAGACUUUAAACGGACUGCCCCACUGACCCUUUUUCCUCCUAUUAAAGGUACCUUUUUUGAGUAAAAA